AUGGCUGAAGAGGAAUUCGAGAUCGACAUCUACGGCGACGCGCCCCAAGAUAACCACGACGGCAACGCUGAGGCCUACGAUGGAGGUGCCACCAACGGAAACGCCGACGAUCACCACACGGAGCAGAAGCACGACAACCACGAAGAGUAUCACGACCAGAACGAGCAGGACCAGCAGGACGCACCUGCCCCUCAGCAGGGCGUCAAGAGAAAGGGCGACGACCGGCCUAUCGACCCCGGUGCGACGACGGCCAUCAUGAUUUCUGACCUCAACUGGUGGAACACCGAUGAUGACAUCAGGGGAUGGUGUAGAGAAGGCCAUUGCGAAGACGAGCUGAAGGACAUAACGUUUAGUGAGCACAAGGUCAACGGCAAGAGCAAAGGGCAAGUAUACAUCGAGUUUACCACUCAACAAGCAGCAACAGCAGCCAAGCAUGCUAUUGAAUCAACAGAUGGCGUCAACGGUGCCCCGAAGAAGCACAACGUCACCUACUCGAACCCCAACGUCAACCCGUUCCGUACGCUGCCUAAGGAUGCACCAAACCGCGCGGGUAAGGACCAGGGAUCCUCUCGCGGCGGCUACAACAACCAAGGCUCUUCGAUGGGCGGCGAGUUCCGCGGCGGCUACCGCGGCCGAGGAGGUUUUAAUGGACCUCGCGGAGGUAUGAACCAGGGCUUCAACCGCAACUUUUCAGGUGGCGGCGGCAUGGGAGGCGGAUUCAACAACAACAUGGGUGGUGGCUUCAACAACGGCAUGGGCGGAAACUUCGGCGGCGGCGGCGGCUUCAACCGGGGCGGCGGCUUCGGUGGAGGUAUGCGCGGCGGUCCCGGAAUGCGCGGCGGCCGUGGUGGCGGCAUGAACAACCCGAUGGGUGGUAUGGGUAUGGGACCGAUGGGCGGUAUGCCGAUGGGAGGUAUGCCCAACAUGAACAUGAUGGGCGGCGGAAUGCCUGGCUUCCAUGGCAUGCCCCAACAGUUCAACCCAGCAUUCUUUGGAGGAAACCAGGGCGGAGGCAACGACUGGGGCAACCCUCACGGUGCAAAGAGACCUCGGCCGGAGUAG